AUGGCUGAGAACCGCCAAGCAGAACGCUGGCCUAUCCAGACAAGUGCUGUGAUUAGGGUUGGAGCAAGACAAAGCCAACCACUUCCACCACCACGUCCGCCAACACCAUGCGCCUCGUCAUCAGAUCGGAUCUUUGUGGAUCCAAUGGAUCUAUUCAGUUUAGAAGAGCAACAGCAAGAGCAGCAAAAACAAGACCAUACACAGAAAGCCGACCAACAACACAGCCAUCAACAAUGCUCUCAGGAAUCCCCCGCCAAGGAAGGUCGUCUUUGGCGCGGCAUUCACGUUCUGGGCACAGAAGCAUUUGCUUUGGCCGCUCUUACAAAGUUAUAUGAAACCGAUGCAACGGCUCGUGAAGGAUUCAAUGAAGCUGUCGAGGUCAUCACCCGUCAAGCUCUUACAAGUGGAAAGCUCAUCGUUAUUGGUGUGGGAAAAUCAGGCUAUAUUGGUAAGAAACUAGUCGCCACGUUACAAAGUCUAGCUAUACAGGCCGUGUUCUUGCAUCCAACCGAGGCGUUACACGGAGACCUGGGUAUAAUUAACGCCCACGACAUACUACUCUUCAUCACAUUCUCCGGAAAGACCCAGGAGCUCAUGAUGAUGCUGCCAUACUUGGACGACGCACUGCCAACCAUUAUUCUCACCUCCCAUACACACCGUGACACUUGCGAAUUUAUCAGACGGCGCCCAAGUACCAUUCUGUUACCAGCACCUGUUCACGAAAGUGAGAAGGCAUCCUUUGGAGUGUCCGCCCCAUCAACGUCCACAACUCUUGCGCUAGCACUCGGAGAUGCAUUAGCGAUUACUGUUGCCAAUGAGAUGCAUCACAACGUGUCAGCUGUAUUCGCAAAGAACCACCCCGGAGGUGCAAUUGGCGCAGCGGCGGCAGCUGCAACGUCUCCGCAGACAAUCAAAGACAUGUGCAUCCCGAUGGCGGAAAUCCCUUCACUAGAAGGACUGCGUUUAUCUUCAACGGCUACCGGCAUCGAUCUUCUCGCAGCAUUUAACUCCAAGUCUGGCUAG